UAUAAAAACAACUUUACAGGCUUGAUAAAAUCAUCAGUCUGAUUCUUGCAACAUAAAGAUUAAGCUACUAAAAUGAAUAAAGCUAUUAUUAUACUUGCUUUGCUAGUAAUAGCUCUGGCUUACACAGAAGCCUCCCGUAAACGCCCCAAUCCUCAACGUCCCGAUUGUUUAAAACUAAAAUGUGAUAAUCCCAGUAAGAAGUUACUUUGUGUACGCAGCAAGAAGAAUAAUUGCCGUUUGCUGACCAUUUGCCAAGUGAGUCGUGUUAAUUGUCAACGUGGUCCUUUGAAUGUCUUAAAUAGAACUAAUCGUCGUCAAUGUGCUGGCAUUAGACCUGGACAAAAGCGUAGAUGUGGUCCUGCACCCAGAAGUGGUUAAUUUGCUGAUGAUUUUUAUAAUGAUUAUAUCUUAUAUAGGAAUGGAAUUCUUUGAAUAAAUAAUAGAAUCUUGCAAUUUAAA